AUGCAGCUACCUGCUCCCAUUAGGGUGGCAGGUGUGCGUGCACUUGUUUGGCAUGCAAAAGAAAAGCCCAAAGCUGCACUACUCUUUAUUCCAGGAAAUCCCGGAAUGAGUGCGCACUACUCGGAGUAUCUUUCUCAUGUGUAUCACAUUUUUGAUGGCCAGUGCACGAUUCUAUGCAAAGGCUCGCCUGGACAAGAUGACACAGUCAAUGCACCACCACCUACAGGGAACAUGAAAACUUCAUUCUUCAACAUAUCUUAUACAUACUACGGCCUUCUUGAUCAGAUUUCAUCUCAAGCUGCGGCUCUAGAGGCUAUUCGCAAUACCGUACCUGCCGACACACCCGUUAUAGUGCAAGGACACAGUAUGGGGUCCUAUGUGGCGCUGGAGCUCUUGCGUAUGCAUCCGGAAAUGAUCCAAAGUGUGCACCUCCUGUUCCCCGCGUUAUGUCAUAUUGGACGUGCUCCACAAGCACGUUUCACACGCCGCUGGCUAUGGCCGCCUUGGCUAGUUUUUCUGCAAUUGGUCUCGUGGCUCCUUGCUCGCUUACCGUUGGCAUGGUCACUAGGCCUCGUUUAUAUGUUGACUGGACAGACUCGUCCAUUUGCGCGCGUGACAGCUGAGUUAAUCCGCCGCCCGCACGCAUUGGUCACGGCUCUUUGCACUUUUUAUGACGAAUUGUGCAUGAUUCAGGACAUUCCUGACCAUGUAGUAGCAUGUGCCAAAGACAAAAUCGUCCCUAUGCAACCAUGGCCAAGAUCACAGCGCAUUGGCUCCACACUGACGUAG